AUGACACCAUACGAAACGUAUACAACUCUUGUGGACACUAUUUGUAAUAAUAAUGGAAGAGAAAACUUUGGACUAUUUCCACAUCAGACCUAUUGCAAUUACUCGAAAGGUCAGGAAGCAUCAUUGCCAUUAUCAAUAAUUAAACCGAGAUAUUUUGAACAAGUUUCGGAACAGAAUUGCAAAACAAAAGUUGGUUCCUUUCUCACUCUACAUGCCUAUUCACUGAAAUAUAAAGGUUAUUCGAAUCUAGACGAAACCUUGUCAAUCCAAAAUUCAGGUAAAGAUUUGGAAAUUAUUUGUGAUCCUGCACUAGUCAACUACGUUUCCCAACAAUUUCCCUCAUCAAAAAUCUAUUCUAGUGCCUAUGGUGCCGUAGUUGACUGUUUUGCUGGAAGUAUGUUAGAAAGAUUUGAUUUAAUUAUUGUUGAUGAUUAUUCGUUGGGUCCACAAUUUGCUGGACUUUCUCCAAAAUGGGAUGCACAUAAUUCUACCUUGUAUCCAAAUUCGGAUUUAUAUUUAUGGGAGGAAUGGAAUGUAUUUCCAUUAAAGGAAAUUGGAAUUUUAUGUUUGGAUGAAAAUGUUGAAUUGGAUGAUUUGAAAAAUAUUAAAUUAAUUGAAAAUGAUUUUAAAGUUAUUUUAAAUGCAAUUUAUUUGGAAGGUUUGGCAUUUAAUAAUGCUAUAAAAGGAAAUUUAACUUUUGUAAAUGGAAAAAAUUUAAUGUGUAGCCAAGUUUUCUAUGUAUGGCAUUUUUAUUACUAUUUUAGAGUUAAUAGAUAUGAAAAUGGAUUUUUUAAUGGAAUUUCAAAUGAUUUCUCAAAAUUCUCAUCAAAAUUUCAUUUAAAUUUAAACGAAACUUUACAAAUAUCCGAAUCUCAAUGGAAAUUCCAAAAUGGAAAUAUGUCAAUAUUUGAUUUUUACAUUUCAGAAUGUUUUAAUUGUGCCAAACAUAGAUAUGAUUUUUAUAGUGCCUAUACAGUGGAUGGUGUUGGUAUAAAUAAUUGUCUAGUUGCACCUUUUGACGAAACCUUUAUUCCAUAUUUAUUGAUGGUUAUUUUAUUUGUCAUAUACUAUAUUGGAUUAUUGACAAUCUAUUCGAAACCUUCCAUAAAAAGAAGGUUAAUAGCUCCAUAUUUAGCACCACUUUAUUAUAUAGUUUCUCAUGCAAUUAUUAUUGGAUUUGAUAACACUUGUACAACUAUUACAAUUCCAAUUCAAUUUGGAUUAACAAAUGCCUAUUCAUUGAGUUUGAUUUUUGUGACGUUGCGUCUAAUUAUUUCCAGAUAUUAUUACAAAAUCAUUGCCAGAGUGAAGAAGGAACACAUGACUGCAUUUAGGAUUUUAUUCUCAAAAUGGAUUGGAAAUUUAAUUAUUGUCAUGCUGUGGCCAUUUGGUAUGUCCAUAGCCAUGUCUGUUCUUCCACUUGGAUAUUAUUAUUUAAUGGAUGACAAGUUUGUGGAUUUUACAUAUUAUUACUAUAUGGUUUGGUGGAUGAUUGAAGUUUUGGCAUUUGGAUUUCUAUUCAUUUUGGACUUUAUUCUAAAUUUUAAAACUCUGAGGACGAAAGGUCUGAAAUAUUACCUACUCUUUGAUGAUCCUGUGUUUAUGAGAUUGGAUAUUAUUACUCAUCUCUUUCAGGUGUUUGCCAUUGCUCCCUACAUAUUCGAAUCCAAAGUUACUUUCAGAGUUGGAUCAUUCUUUGGUUUUUUAAUUAUAACUUUGGGAUCGGGUGGAAAUGCCAUUGCAAUGGAAUGGUUUUCAAUCAUUAAAAACUAUUUCAGGAAGGAGGAGGAAUCAACAGGUCAUGGCAUUGAAUUGAAAAUGAGAGACGAAAGUUACUUUAACUUGAUUUAUGUUUAUUCUGAAAAGGAAAAUAAUUUGGAGAAUAUUUUAUGUGUUGAAUUUUUGCUAUCUUUGGAGAAUAGAGCAAUUUUAGAAAAGGAUUUGAAUUAUCUAAAUGAUAUUUUCAUUCAAACGUAUGCCAUGUAUGAGUUAAAUAUUUCAAAUCAAGUCAAAUUGGAUUUUCUAUUCUUGUUGGAUAAGUGUAGAAAUGGUGAAGUUGUGAAAUUUAGUGAUUUGGAUGUGUUGAUGAUUGAGGUGAUGAAAAAUGUUAGAGACAUUGCCAAUAGAUUGGAAACUACGGAUUUUUAUAGACAGUGGAAACGAUCUACUGAUGUUUUAAAGGGGCAAGUGGACAUUUGA